CUCGGCGAUGGCAGCCCCGCAGGCGCAUAAACGGCCGUCUGGAGGCUGAGCUGCGGCGGCUGCUGAGGCUGGUUUCCUCCGAGCUGCGGCUCUGGACUUCCGACUCGGGGUUCUCAGAAUCUUUAAAAUUAAAGUACGUAGAAAUGAAAAGAAAGGUAGUAAAAACUAGCAAGCUGAGAUUGAGUCCUAAUGAGGAAGCCUGUAUUUUGAAAGAAGAUUAUGAAAGACGACGAAAACUACGAUUGCUACAGGUUCGAGAACAAGAAAAGGAUAUUGCCUUACAGAUAAGAGAAGAGAUAAAACAGAGAAGAAACCAACAGUUUACUCGUUUGGCCGAAGAGCUAAGGGCAGAAUGGGAAGAAUCACAAAUUCAGAAAAUACAGAACCUGGAAAAACUAUAUUUGGCAAGUUUAAGAAACAUGGGAGGAGGACAUCGCCAAGCCAAAGAAAAUGAACCUGAUUUGGAUGCUCUGGCACAGCGGGCAGCAGAAAGGAAAAGAAAAGCAGACUUGAGACAUAAAGAAGCCCUGAAAGUACAGAAAAGUCAGAAGGAACUAUUAAUGAAACAAAAAACACGGCAUAUAAAAGCUCGAAAGGAGGCACUGCUUACAGAAAAGGAACGGUCUGCCAAGAUCACAAGUCUGCCAGCUCCUCCUCCACCUCUUUUUGAGAACAUUGAAGUGAAGAAAAUUUCUUCAUUGAAAACCAAUAGUUCUACUUACCAUCAUCUUUACACUUUCGUGAAUAGAGAGACAGACACAAAGCAGCCAGAUGCUCAUUUAGCUGCUGAAGAAGAAGCUAAAAGAUUGGAAGAACUACAAAAACAGGCAGCACAAGAGAGAAUGGAACAGUUUGAAAAGGCACAUGCACGAGGUUUCCAAGCAAUGAAAAAGAUCCAUUUGGCUCAAAAUCAAGAGAAACUAAUGAAAGAACUGGAACAGCUCCAACAAGAGGACCUGGCACGUAGGAGACAGACCGUAGCACAGAUGCCACCACAACUUGUUGAACUUCCGUACAGACGCAGUGAAAUGAAAGAAGACUGGCAGAGAGAGCUGGAGUUUGCCUUUGAAGACAUGUACAAUGCAGACAGGAAGGUAAAAGGAAACCUAAUUUUACACCUUGAACCUGAGCCUUUGCCCACUGUAAUGGAUCAAAUCCAAGAUGAUGAACUGGACCUUUCAAUGGAACAAGAAAACUUGGGUGAAACUGAAAACCUUCAAGUGAUGGAAGCUGAAUUGAUCUGUCCUGGUGAAAAAGACGUUCCUGUGGUAAUGAAGACACAACAGGUCCCUUCAAAAAUUCUUUUUAAAAAAUUAUUAAAUAAGAUCCGAAGCCAAAAAUCUCUCUGGACAAUUAAAUCCAUGUCUGAGGAUGAAAGUGAAGUGACUACGACUAUUAAUGAAAUUGAGAGUAAAGCACCAACAAUUGAAUCAGGGACCAUUGCCAGCGAAGACAGAACAUUAUCAUCUGGGCAGGAACAUGUUAUUGAAAGUGAUACACUAACAAUUGAGUCUGGAACACUUACCAGUGAAGAUAAACCACUUUCAUGUGCUGUUGACUCUGGAAAGGAACAAGAAAUAAAUGAGCCUCUCCCUGUCACAGCUGUAGCUCAGAGUUCAGUUCUACUUCAUCCUCAAGAAGAAGCAGCCAGAAUUAGAAUGUCAGCAAGGCAGAAACAGAUAAUGGAAAUAGAAGAGCAGAAGCAAAAGCAGUUGGAAUUACUUGAACAAAUUGAACAACAGAAGUUAAGAUUAGAAACCCACUGCUUCAGGGCUCAGCUGGAAGAAAAAAGAAAAACCACUCAACAGCAGACUGAGGUUGGCACUGCUCCAACAUCACGCACUCUGGUUUCUGAUGAAGACAGUCAUCGACAGAUGAUUCGUAACUAUCAGCAUCAGCUUUUACAACAAAACAGGUUACACAGGCAGUCUGUUGAAACAGCCAGGAAACGAUUACUUGAAUAUCAAACUAUGUUAAAAGGAAGGUAUCCAUCCACAUCAGCUGCAUCACUGAUACCUGAUUCUGUGACAUCAGUACAACCACAUAAAUCUGAAAGACCUACUUCUGUGUCAGAGCAUUGGGAUCAAGAUAAGAGAGCCAAGUUGAGUCCUAACAAAUAUCUAUCCCUAGAGAUCUCCAAAGUAGAACAAGAUCAUUUUCAGCUACCAGGACAAAGUCACUUUCCACAAAGACAGGUAGAAAUGACAGAAACAUUGAGUACUUCGGAUGUGUUUGCCAGACCGUCUUUGGAAUUGGAAGAACAUCUAAGACAAUUUUCACAGACUGAAACACAACAGAGAGACUAUAAAUUAAUCCCUAAAGAGUCUCUUAAGACUUUGUCACAUGAUAUGCUACCAAGAUUACAGGAUGCUGAAAAAAUACCUGAAACAUUUCAGGCAGCAUCUUUUCAAACCUUCGACUCCAAGCAAAUAUUCUCAGAGAGCAGUGAAAAUAUAUCUUCAAACCUAACCGAACCUUCUUCAUUCUUACCUCUGGUACCUGAGCAUUCCUUUAGUUCUUUGCCUAUUAAGGUUGAAUCUGGAAAAAUCCAGGAACCUUUUUCAUCUGCAAGCAAAAGUACUAUUUUUGCAAGCCAUUCAGUAAUUAGCCAAAUGUCUGAUAGGCCUUUGCCAUCCUCAAGGAAUGUCACAGCCCAGCAAGGUCAUUUGAAGGCUCUCCAAGAACAGUUAGACCUACAGAAGGAAGUUCUUCAGGCAAAACAGGAAGCUCAGGAACGAUUGCUUUUGUACAAACAAAAGGAAUUGGAAGAGCAAACUGACCUCUCUGUACCCCUUCCAUCAGUAGCCACAGGUUCAUUUGCUACCCUGCCUUCUGCCAAAACUGACUUAGGGAGAAUCCGGGAGUCUUCUCCCACCAAGAAUGUCACUACAGUUUCCUCAGGCCAACCUGUGGUCUCACGGCUUCAGGAUAGGCUUCUAAGUUUUUCUCAACCUAUCUUAUUGCAGCAAAAUAGCUUUGAAGUUCUCCAAGAACAGUUGAAUAUUCAGAGAGAUAGUCUUCAGGCAAGGCGAGAAGCCCAGGCGGUAUUGUGUGUAGAUGCACAGGGUGAAUUGGAUGGAAGAGCUUAUUCUGAACAGGCUGAGCCCUCUUCUCUCCCAUUUCAGGUAGCUCAGCAUACUUUGACUUCACUACCUUCUGCUGAUCCAAGAUCCAGAGAAACCCAGAAGCAGUAUUUGUCAAAGAGUGAGGAAGGGCUUCUCUCAAGCCAGUCUGAAAUCCCAGAAUCUCAAGAUGGAUCUCUGAGUUUUCUGGAGCAGUUCCUACCUCUACGUGAUAGUCCGAAGCUUCUCCAAGAACAGCUGAUUGCACAGAGAGAUACUCUUCAGGCCAGGCAUGAAGCUCAGGUGGCAUCACUUUUAUAUAGACAAAGGGAUUUGAGGGACAUUAAGUCUGAGCACACAGGUUCUUCAUUCUUACCAGUGCGUGUUCAGCAUUCAGUUGCUUCACAAGCUUCUGCUAAAGCUGAACCUAGGGAGGUUCAAAAAUUUUAUUUCUCUGAGAAGGAAAGUCUAAUUCCCUCUGGUCAUUUGAUAAUCCCCACUCAGCAAAAUUUGAUGGCACUGCAAGAACAGUGCCACAUGCAGAGGUCAAUGCUUGCUGCUAAACAAGCAGCUCAGGAACUUGUACUCAAACAAAGUGACUUGGAAAAGGGUGUUUCUUCCGAACAGACUGGCAUCUCUUCAUCCCUGUCAGAAGAAGCUGAAUCUGAAAGAUUCCAGGAAUUUAUGUCAACCAAAAGUGACAGUACAACUCAUUUAAGCCAUUCUAAGAUUCCAAGAUUUCGAGAAAGACUUUUGAGAUUUUCGCAGCAUAUGCUACCACUGCAAAGUAAUUUGGAGAAAUACCAAGAAUGGCCAUUCAAAGAGAAAUCCCAAGAAGAUGCAUCCUCUGAACAAACUACCUUGUCUUCAUUUAUUCCUCAGUUAGGACAGCAUUCAUUUACCUUACUACCUUCUGUUGACUCUGGUACAACCCCGGAACCUCAUUUAACAGAGAGUGAUAGUCAAGUUCCUUCAAGCCAUUUACAGAUCCCGGAAUUGCAGGAUAGGCUUUUGAAGAUAUCGCAACUUAUCCAGCCUCGACAAGUUAAUUUGAAGGCACUUCAGGAACAGUUAGCUACAGAGAGGAGAGCCAUCAUUCAGUCCAGACCAGAAACCCAGGGAGAAUUGCUUUUACAUGAACAGAGUGAGUGGAAGGGAAGAAUUUCUCCUGAGCAUCUGGGUACCCCUCCCUUAGCCGUGGUAGCACAGCAUUCAUUUGCUUCGUUCCCUUUCACAGAAUCGGAAAGAAGCCAAGACCCUUGUCCAACUAACAGUGAUGAUACAGUCUCCUCAAGUCCUUCCGAGAUACCAAGUUUGCCUGAUAGGCUGUUGGGUUUAUCAUAUUCUCUUCUACCGCAACAGGAUAAUUUUAUUGCAUUCCAAGAACACUUGAAUGCACAGUCAGAUUCCCUUCCUUUCACUGAGAAAACCCAGAAAGAAUUGGUCAUGCCCAUAACAUGUAAAUCUGAUGAAAAGAUACCUUCCAAGCAUUUUAUUCAGCCUCACCAUGGUGAUUUGAAGGCACUUCAGCAGCAGUUAGAUAUACAGAGGAAAGCCAUUCGAUCUAAACAGGAGGUCCAAGAAGAGCUGCUUUUGCAAAGAUUAAGUCAGUUGGAGAAAAGGGUGUCCUCUGAGCAGAUGGGCCCCUUUUCAGGCUUAUUCCAGGUAGGCCUGCCUGUUGCUGACUCUGAAAGGAGCCAACAGUCCAUCCCAACCCAAAGUAACGACACUGUUCCCUCAAGUCAUCUUGAGGCCUCCAGAUCACAAGAUAGGCUUUUGAGUUUAUCCCAGCCUGCUGUGCCUCAGCGAGAUAAUUCGACAGCACAGUUGGACUUAGAACAGGAAGUGAUGUAUUCUAAUGAGAAAUCCCAGGAAGAACUGCUGCUCAGCAGGCAGAGUAAGAUGAACAAAAGUGAAUCCACUGAGCAUGCUGUCCCCACUUCAUUUCUUCCCAAAGAAGCAGAGCAUUCAUUUAUUCCACUGCCUUUUGCUAAAGCUCAGUCUAAAAAUGUUCAUGGAUUUCAUUCAUCUGAAAGUGAACAUGUAGCUCUCUCGAGUGGUUCUUUGAUCCCAAGAUUUCAAGAUAGACUUUUGAGUUUUUCACAGCCUGUCUUAGCUCAGCAAGGUAACUUGGGACUUCAGAAGCAGUUGGAUCUACAGAGAGAGGUUCUGUAUCACAGUCAGAAAGCCCAAGAAGAACUGCGUGCACAGAGACAGAUAGCAUUGCAUCAGCAGGUACAGAGACAUCAGGACACGCUGAAGGAUUUCUUUAAAGACAGUCAGACAAGUAAGCUCACAGUUGAAAAUGAUUUAAAAGCUCAACAGCGGCAGCCCCAGCAGCUCAGAGAGUGGCUUCCUCAUAUCCGAGACUUGGCAAGAGACAAUCAGGAAAGCAGUCAUGCAGGCAGGAGCAACUCUGGUGGUAAUCAGCUGCUUUGGGAAGAUACAAGUACCAAGCAAAGCGGUGAACACCUGGAAAAAGAACUGGGCAGACGAUCCUCAAAGCCACCUGUAGCAAAAGUUAAAGGUGUAAUGGACCUAAACCAACAUGAACUUAGUGCUAUACAGGAAGUAGAAUCACCAGCAAGUGGCAGAACUUCUGUACUAGGUAAACCAGAUUUUUACCAAGACAGAGACCCUAUGAGGGUCUCAGUAAGCCGAGAACACAGUUUCCCUGGGAGUCCACUGACCUGUGAGCCAUCAGGAUGUCUUCAAUCACUUGCCGAGAACAUCCGUGGUGAUGACUAUGGUGACGAGGCAGUUAAGGUCAAGGAGUCUGCUGUUGAAAACCAUGCAGUAUUAAGUCAUGCUGUAGAAGAAGAGCAUACACAUCUGGGUCCAGCUAUACUGCCUGAUAAUAAGGCUGAAACACAAGAGAUUUCUCAUGAGCCAUUAUCUUCAUUAACUGUUUCUACUGGAAGCUUAAGUUAUGAAAACACAGAUUUAAGCCUUACAGAUCCAGAGUCAUUUUCAGAGCAUCUGGAUCCUAGGGAAGAAGAAUCUACUACAGGUAAAGAAGAAGAAACAAAUAUUUCAAGCUCUGUAUUUCUUUCAACACAAGUUAUUUAUCAACAGCAGAAUUUUUUAGACAUUUCUAAAUCCCUGUUGCCUGCAGUGGAAGAAUUUAUAUCUGGGCCCACACACUUUCAGCCAGUCAUAGACAUAAAUGAAACAGAUUUGAAACCUGAAGAAAAAGGCUCACAAGUUGACCUUGACUUCCCAGAAUUGGAACACAUUUUUCCAAAUUUGCAUCGUCAGCUUUUUAAACCCUUAGAACCACAUCCAGAUUUUGAUUUAUCAUCAUCAUCCUCUGGGAUUUCUCAAGACAACAGAGACUUUUACCAGAGCUCAGACUCUACAUCUGAAAGCCACCAUGUUACUGCAUCAUCCAGAAGUACAGUGUCUUUUCCUGCACCAAGGAGGGCCAGCCUGUACGCCUCUCUUAACACAAGCAUGAACCAGCAGCCUGACUCUGGUUUGGCUCUUGCUACAGCUCAGAGUUUUGUUACAGAAAAUACUGUUGAGGGAUCUGAACAAUCUUUUCAACAGCUUCUGCCAGAACUUUCUUCUCAGGAAGGAAGCCACCAUGCUGACCUACCAAGUAUUUUGAGCAUUGAAGCAAGAGAUGUUUCCCAAGACAUGCAAAACCAGAACUGCCCAUCUGAAGAGAAGACUGAAAUACUACAAAAUAAGAAAAAAAGUAUUCCCUUCCAGCUCUCUAUAGGCAAUUUAAGUUCAAUCUGUAAUUCAUCUGAUGAGGCUAAUACAUUUGAUCAGUUACAUGUACAGUACAGUACUCCAUGCGGUUCUACUUCUAGUGAGUGCUCAGUAAAACACCAACUAGAAAAGGAAAGGCUCGACUUUGAAGAAUUAUCGAAAAGAGGGGUUCUUAAAAUGUUAGAGAGUCAAGGACUUAUUGAAGAUGAUAAAAAUGGAACCUGUCCGAUUUUAAAUGCAAGCCCACAUGUAGAGGAAAUUGACUCUCAAUUAUGUGUAAGAACAGUGGAGAUGGGAACCUCACUUCAGACACCAUAUUUGUCAACUGUUCAAAAUGAAAAAUAUUUUGAGAAUUCAACUAAAACUGGAACUCCAAAAAUCAUAAAUCUAUCUCAGCUAGCACCAUCAGAGCCUUCUGUAAAUUCUGGAUCAUUUUCAUUUCAAAACUCUAUUCCAAUCUGGGAGACAGAAUCUGGGCAUGGCAUAAUGGAAGAACCAGAACUAACUUUAAUAAGCAUCAGUGACAUCAGUGUUACUGAAGUGGAUUUUGCAAACCUAACUCUUGAAGAGAAGAGAGAGAAUGAGGCAAGCUGUUUUCAGGUGCCUGGAUAUCCUCUUCCUGUAUUAGAAACAGAAACCUCCAAUGAUCCAGCUGAAUUAGAUACGGAGAAGACAGUGACAACAUCCACAGAAACGCUUCCAAAGCUUACAGAUACACCAGGGAGCUUACAAGAAGCAUUUAUAAAGAGAAAAAAGUCAUUUAUAGUGAGAUCAGCCCAGAGGCAGAAAGAAAUAAGGAAUAAAGCACGUGUCUCUGAAAAUUCUCAAUUACAAGCAGUUACACCAUCUACAGGUUCAUCUGUAAGUUGCCUAAAGGGUACAAAUAAAAUUAGAGUGUCCCUUCCUGAAGACAGAAAGAUGGCACAAACCGUCAUGCACCAAAGGGCUCUGAGAUUAUACAAUCAAUUAGCUGAAGUGAAACAGCAAAAGGAAGAGAAAGCCAAGCAAGAAGCUUAUGCCCAAAACAGAGCAAGGGCAAAAGAAUUUCAUAAGAAAACACUAGAAAAACUUCGAGCCAAAAACAAAAGUACAUGCUGAUUUUGAGGGUUUUUUUUAUGUAUAUAAGCAAAAUUAUUUAAGAGUCAAUAAAUUCUUAUUUAAGGAA